UCCUCGCGGAGAAAAACAAAAACGCAAAUGGUGGCGCAACGCAAGGUCGCUAUCAGAAAACGAGCUUCAAUAAUUUCGGUAAAAUUAAACUCGGUGCCCCGUUAAGCGGUCGGUUUCGAUGUGGAAGUAUGUUUCCCGGCGGAUCCGUGAUGUGUGCGAUCGGACCCAAACCAUUCUAGAGGUACGGCGCCCGUGGCCAACCGGAGAGCGAAUCUGUGCGGAUAAUCGCUCGUCGUCCGGUUCGGUAGAGGAAAAUAAUGGUCCUUCCCAUGGGUCCUACUGUCUGCUGAAUUUGGGUCAGCAGCGGCUAGAGCGGAUCCGCCAGGGUCAGGAUACGGGUUCCAGCAGUUCGGAGAAGGAAGGACCCCGGAAGCAGAAGGACUAUUGGCAAUGCGAGCACAGCUGGAUCGGGGCAAUCACCUGGACAAGCGCCAUCAUUUGCGGUUGGUACACGAGCCAGUUGGUUUGCCUGUAUCGGCGCAAUCAUAAAUGGGAUGGUCCCAAGUGCUUGCCGUACCUCAUCUCGGCUGCCCAUCGACUUCCGGGAGAGCUUGGUCGCCAGGAGUUUGGCCGCUGUUUCCAAUUUCCGGCAUCGCCUCCGAUUGAACCAAUUCCUAAAAAUGAAGGUUCGAAAACUGCAAAUGAAGGGCAACAGCUGGUUACCUUUUUUGGGGUUCCGAUUCCGACGGCUAAGGUUAGCCGGUUGGCGGAGUUCGAUUUCGAAAACUUCCCCGCUGUCCAGAAGCAGCAGGUAGUUCGCAUCAACAACGAAAUCGAUUUGAGUGGCAAGACUGAGGUCCAGCAAAGCCAACAACAGGAACCUCCAGCACCUACCGUAGAAUCGGCUAUGGAAAACCUUUUGAAUGUAAUCGGAGAGAUCGAGUAUCAGUUGGGCGUUCAGAGCCUUGAAACCGGUGACUAUCAGACGGCAGUCUCGCACUUGAAGCUGGGCACCAGCCAUCAGCAUGCUGGAGCAGCCUUCAAUUUAGGCAUCUGCUAUGAGCAGGGAUUCGGCGUCAAAAAGAGCGCUAGGGUGGCUAUGGAGUGCUUCCACCUGGCAUCAUCCCUGGGUCACGCCGGUGCCAUGUACAAUCUGGGGGUGUAUUAUGCUCGAGGACUUGGUGGACUCCGUAGGAGUCGCAGCAUGGCUAAGAAGUAUUUCACUGCUGCGGCUGAUGCCGGUGUACUGGAAGCUAUGGCUGCCCUCGGUCCUUCCUACAAUCCAUCCAAACGGGAAUCCCUAGCAAGCAGUGCCGAUUCCUUCGCUUCAUCAUCCAUUUCAACCGCUUCUUCUCCAUCGGCGGCCAUUCCCUUCAAUUUUACAUUUGAUCAGUUUGAAGCACCCGUUAAACAGUAUCCGAUUAUGGAUGCAAACCUUGCUAAGCGUGACAACAGAAUGGAACCGAUCGGGUUAAGACUGGUUUCAGGCAUGGCCUAAAAAACUAGUUUUUACUGUAUGAUUUGCAAGCUAAGACGUAACCCAAGACCGCGUAUCAACAGGACCCACAGUUGGAAAAUUUUAACCUUAACGCUUUUGGUGACAACUCCAAAUGAAAGUGUUACCACCUUAUCAUUGAAGACCAGUCGCGUCGGCCGAGAGCCGUAUGUAUUGUGUCAAAAUAAAACCCAUUGGCUUGAGUUUUCCGAGGUGUAUAUUCAGGAGGUUGUCGAUAGAACACGUCAGUGUUUGCUUUAAAAUUGUUUAAGAAACAAUACUUUAUUUUUUUCCUAAUCUUGUCUUAGUAUUUGGGAAAUGGUUAACAUUAAUAUGUGGUGUCAUAUGAAAACUAGUAUUGAAGUUGUACUGAAAUAAAACAUACGAAUGUAUGAUA